CUUACGACAAGAAUUGAAAACCGGUUCAGGAAAACAACAAUGAUGACACUAUGAAUACUAGAAUAGAAAAACUGAAAAUGGCAAGACGGUCUCAUCACAUGCAGAUAUUAUCAGUUGCAUUGGGAGUUUGCAUCCUUUUGUAUCUCUAUAUUUUCUCGACGAUACGGACGGUUAAUGUUAGCGUCUACUAUAAACAAAACCAGCCGCCAUAUCUUGGAGUACCCUAUCAUAAGAAACACUUAGUAUACGAUUACGAAGAAUAUGAUGAAAAAAUAAAGGAAUAUAAGACUUUGAAUACGAAUGAAUCUGUGAAAAUAUCAAACUUUCAUUUCUCAAAUUUGAAGUCUGUCAUGCCAGAUAACCCUCUGUAUAAAGAGGAAAGGAGGUCGUUAUGGCCAGUUGAUCAAAUGCAAGGUAGUUUGGACAUCAAAAAGUCCCCUGUGAUAAAUAUUCUGGCAUGGACAGUACACCACGGAUCACCAGAACAUCAAGGGAUGGCCCCCUUCCACAAGUGUCCAAUAUUUCGCAAUUGCAACAUCACAAAUGACAAAUCUCUACUGGACAAUACAGAAUAUCUGCUCUUUCAUGUUUCUAAUAUAAAUUCCGAAAUUCUUCCACCACAUCAGAAACCAAAUCAAAAAUGGAUCAUGCAUACCAAAGAACCCCCUACUAGAUGGUACUUCAAGAAAGUCUUGCUUGUGAAGGAUCACAUUAACUUUACCAUGUCAUAUUGGGCUGGAAGCGACAUAUUUGUGCCGUACGGCUGGGUGAUACACAACGAAACCAAGCACCUAGACCCGAGCCACCAGAUCCCCAAGAGUAUAUUUGAAACAAGGACUGGUGUUGUUGCUUGGUUGGUGAGCCACUGUGACACACCCAGUGAGAGGGAAGAUUAUGUGGCUGAAUUGGCAAAAUACAUACAGGUUGACAUCUAUGGAAGGUGCGGUAAGCCUUGUCCAAGCGAGGGAGACUGUCUCAAGAUGAUAGGUGAAAAAUAUAAGUUCUACAUUGCAUUUGAGAAUGCGGACUGUCAAGAUUACAUUACAGAAAAAGUUUGGCGGAACGCUUUCAAAUAUAAAAUGGUCCCUCUAGUGAGAGGAAUCCAAACUUCAUUUUCCAAACAACUCCCGCCAAAAUCCUUCAUCCAUGUUGAUGACUUUUCAACAAUCAAAGAUCUGGCGGCUCACCUUCAGUUUCUGAACACAAAUCAAAACGAGUACCUUGAAUAUUUAGAAUGGACGAAGCAUUAUGAUAUAAAAACGUAUAACAAGGGUAACUUUUUCUGUAAUAUUUGUCGGAUGUGCAAUUAUUAUGAAGGCAAGACUCACACAACAAAUCUAGAGUAUUGGACAAAAGUGAACAGCCAUUGUACGUUGAGCGAGGGAUACUAUGAAUCUCUAAAAGGACAAAAUAGAACAGCGGAAGAAAUGACAUACGAUGAAUGAGAUAUUAGUAUUUUAAAAUUAUGAAAUGUCCCAUGAAGUCCAAUGUGACCUAACUCUUAUUUCCGGUCACGAGGUUUCAAUACGAGCUCAAUUGCAAGUUUGAAAUUGAUAUAUUUGAAUCAAUCCCUCUGGAACCUCUACAAUAUUAAUAUAAC